CAAAAUAAUCUUACUUUUAACUCUCAAAGCAACUAUGGCUUUCGCCUCAUAUGCUAAGUUGAUAAUUCUUUUAUUUUCUUUGUCAUUCUUAGCUAGUACCACAUUUUGUCGCGAUUUCUCGAUCGUUGGCUAUACACCGGAUGAUUUAACUUGCAUUGACAAGCUCAUCAAUCUAUUCGAGUCAUGGAUCCAAAAACACGGAAAAAUCUACGAAAGCAUCGAAGAGAAGUUGCACAGGUUCGAGAUUUUCAAAGAUAAUUUGAAGCAUAUUGAUGAGAGGAACAAAGACAUUGCCAACUACUGGCUUGGCUUGAAUGAGUUUGCUGAUUUGAGUCAUGAAGAAUUUAAAAAGAUGUAUCUUGGAUUGAAUGGUGAGUUGGCUACUAAGAGACAAUCGCCGGAAGAAGAAUUUACGUACGGAAAUGUUAUGGACAUUCCAAAGUCAGUGGACUGGAGAAAGAAAGGAGCUGUCACACCUGUCAAGAACCAAGGAUCAUGUGGAAGUUGUUGGGCAUUCUCCACAGUAGCUGCAGUUGAGGGCAUAAACCAAAUUGUUACUGGAAAUUUGACUUCAUUAUCUGAGCAAGAGCUCAUUGACUGUGACACUACAUACAAUAAUGGCUGCAAUGGAGGUCUUAUGGACUAUGCAUUUGCCUUCAUAGCCUCCAAUGGUGGACUUCACAGAGAGGAAGACUACCCUUACCUUAUGGAGGAAGGCACUUGUGAUGAGAAGAGGGAUGAAUCAGAGCUGGUCCAAAUCAGUGGUUACCAUGAUGUUCCCCAGAACAGUGAGCAGAGUCUUCUUAAAGCACUUGCACACCAGCCCCUAAGCAUAGCUAUUGAGGCUUCUGGGAGAGAUUUCCAGUUCUAUAGUGGGGGUGUAUUUGACGGGCAUUGUGGAACUCAAGUUGAUCAUGGCGUGGCGGCUGUGGGAUAUGGUUCAACAAAGGGUCUCGAUUACAUCAUUGUGAAGAACUCGUGGGGUUCAAAGUGGGGAGAGAAGGGAUACAUAAGGAUGAAAAGAAACACAGGGAAGCCAGAAGGACUUUGUGGCAUCAACAAAAUGGCUUCAUAUCCAACCAAAAAUAAAUAAAUCACUCGAUCAUUUUCUGGUGCCAAUCAUCUGAUAAUCUUCUGGUGGAUUUGUUAAUUUCAGUCUGGUUGAAUUGUAACUGUUGUAACAACGUGUACUUGUUCUGACAACUUGUUUGAUCUAUCUUGAAAUAAUCUCUCUUUUUUAUUGUCAAACAAUGUUUUUGUUGGGUUAAUCUCCUAUUCA